AUGAAGGAAUUGAACACGAGACGCAGCAUGCCCAAAGAGAGCCCUGAACUUGGUCCUACAGACAAAAAAAAUACACUUAACUGUAGUGCUGUUUCAGGCGAUGGGGGAGGCAAUGUAAUUUUUGUUAAAAGAACCAACCAUCCCGAGACAUGCUGUUUUGCAGUGGGGAAGGCCAACGAGAAGGACCUGUGCAGUGGGAAGCCAGCAGAUAGCAUGGUCGCCCUGCCCAAUGGAACCCUGGCCGUCUUCAGAGGUCACUACUACUGGCUGCUGAAUGGCAGGACACCACCAACAACCAGUCCCCAGAGGAUCAGUGUAGGCUGGGGCAUCCCGUCCCCCAUUGAUGCUGUCUUCUCCAGAUGCAACUGUGAUGGCAAGACUUUCUUCAUCAAGGGUCCUCUAUACUGGCGUUUCACUAAUGGUGUAAUGGAUAAAGGCUAUCCCAAACCUCUCACAAAUGGAUUUGCAGGGCUAAGUGGGAAAAUAAGGGCAGCCCUCCCAGUGGCAAGUUACAAUGGCAGACCAGAAUCUGUUUAUUUUAUCAAAAGAGGUAAGUCUCAUAUUUCAGAUGUUCACAAAUGAUCAAAAUAUACUUGAAGUGCAUUAGUGAGGAAUACAACAGUUACUGACUGAUAGGCAUAUCUCUUUCAAAAACAGACAUCUAAGUGAAUAUCAGAGUACACUUGCUAGUCAAAACACAGCCUGAGGCCUUAAACAUCUCUAAGUUCUACAAAUCUUUAAGUGCUUUUCAAAAUAUAUCAGAUUGCAUGAGAUUACAUCUCAGAAGACAAAUGUAAAGAUAAGUUUUAUCUGAUGGGAAAAAAAAAAAAAUCAGUCUCAAAUUAAUCAAAGGAAAGGCUUAAAUAACCUUUUUAGUUCAGAACUAAUGCAUGGAAAUUUACCUCUGUUCUUUCAUUCUUAACUAUUUAUCCUGUUUCAAAUGAGCAUAAUUUCCUUACUGUGUACGUACAAUGUAUGGCAACAGAAGAAUUGUUUUGGGAACAAAAGAAAGCUUAGGAUAAUUAAAUAUAAGUCCUUUUCUGGACUCUAGUCUUCCCAUUACCUACCCCAAAGAGAUGGUCUCACGCUGGUCUUGAUAAACAGGUACGAUGGCAAUCAAAGUAGUUCCCUUGGAACUGUACUUACUACAGUAAUGUUAAUGAAGCUGUUGGAGUUAUUACUACAUCUAGAAGUGUAUGUUGGAUUUAGAGCAAGGCUUUUACAUUAGAUUGUAGGAACGAAUAUAAAAAGCUGCAAGUUGCAACAUCAUUAGACAGCUGUAGGAGUAUCAAAGUGGUAUUGUUUUCCUACCCAUUACAAAAAUACUACCCAACAUCACCAUCUAACGUUAUCAAGCUGGCUUUUUUUUUUUUCUUCUUUUUUUAAACAUAUUAAACCAAUGUCUGUUUUAGAUGGCAACAUGCAACAGUACGUAUACAGGCAAGAACCAGCCAGGAAGUGCCAACGGAAA